GAUCUAGCUACAUGUGUUGGAUUUACAGUGGUGGCAUACCCAUAUCUAACACCAUCUCGGCUUUCAAACAGUGAAUACAAAACCUAAUGCAGGAUUACUACAAAAGUGGACGAAUGCUUGUGAAAUUGGCUGAGGCAAUAGGACGACUUGUUUUAGCUGGCAGGGAGCUGACAAGAUUAGCUGGUUUUACUGCCCGAGUUCAGGAACUCUUAGCCGUCCUUAAAGAUUUGAAUACUGGGAAAUAUCAGCGUACAAUGCUGGAAAGCAAAUCCUCCAAUGGUGAGUAUCAUAAUGUGAUAAAAUGGUUAUCAGUAUGCAGUCUUAAAGAUGGAAAGGGCAGUACAUAUGAUGCAUUUUUCCUCAACUUUAAUUGUUACUAGCAUACAUUACUAAGU